AUGACACUACUUGGAUUUUUAUUACCACCGGAUAGUGGUGAUAAACUAAACUUGCAGAUUACAACUCUUCUAAGUGUUGUUAUGUUCAGUUUACUUCUAUCAGAAAUCCUGCCACCAACUUCAACUGCUAUACCAAUUAUCACGCUUUAUUUUAUGUGUGUUAUGACCAUGUCAGCGGUUUCAGUUGUUGCAUCAGUGGUAAUAUUAUCAUUUCAUUUUCGAAACUCUAAAAGUCAUACAAUGCCAUUAUGGAUUCGUAAGUAUAUUUCCAACUAUUUGGCGUGGCUAUUACUUAUGAAGCGUCCUAAUCAUGAUUUGAGUUGGCGCGGAAUUCGUCGUCGAUGGGCUUCUCCAAAACAAGAAUCCAAUAAUAAAAAUAUAUCGAUCGAUAAUCAUCAUUCUAAGAGUCCUUCUGAACCAUUGUUGAAUAAUACAUUAGAGUUGUUAUCAACCAACGUUAUAAAUGUCGACAAGGAACCUUUAGAAUUCUUAGAAAAUCGAGAAAAACAAUACUCAGAUUCGCUGUUAGAAUUUACUGUACCUUCAGCAACAAACAUUCAUGAUUCUGGUCAUCAUCAGAAUACAUGGAAAGAAUUGUAUAAAUGUGAUACGAAAAUGAUUCUUUCUGAGCUACGUAUUAUUAUUUCUCAUCUUGCUAUUCUUACUAAUCAUUCUCAGCAACAAGGAAAAGAAGAUGAUGAAUCUCAAGAAUGGAAAUUUAUGGCAAGAGUCAUCGAUCGUCUUUGUCUAGUGGUUUUUGUUGUAUCCAUGAUUCUUUUUACUGUACUUAAUUUUAUCAAUGUUUAA